AUGUAUUAGACAAGUUAGCUAAUUAACCGUCGACCCAACAUGAGAUAAUUAACUGGUAGGGCACGUGACAUCUAAGAUGAUGAUGACGAUGAUCCUGGCAUCUCUAGUUUUGCAAGAAGCAAAGUCGAUGAUGAUGAUGAAAAAUUCAAAAAUCAAAACAGCGAUCCUGAUUUUCUUGAUAGUCUAUUGAGAAAAAAGAGUAGAAAUGACUCCAAAGUAGAUAAAGUAAAUAUACUUUAAUAAUGUCUAAGUCCAAUAAUAGUUCAAUUAUACCUAGUACACCACCUCCCUAAAGUACAAGUAAAAAGAGUGAUCAAGAAAUAUCAAAUACAGAUCCAAAGAAAGGAUAAGCAUAAACAUAAAAUAAUUCAGGAAAUAAGGAUACACCCUAAUAAUAAUAAUAAUAAAAGCAAUCAUAAUAAACUCCUGCAAAACCCAAUACUACUCAGCCAUUCUAAACUCCAGAUCCAAAAUAACAAUAACCUUAAUAAAAGACUCCUGCAUAAUAACCAUCAUAAACUAAAACACCUUAAGCAUAACCUCAACCAUCAUAGUAAUCAUAAACCCCACAAUAAACAAAGACUCCUUAAUAAACCAAAACCCCUCAAUAAUAACCCACUUAAUCAUUAACUCCAGCUACAAAUAAGACAUAAUAGAAUCAAAAGUAAACUCCUGCUCCUGCACCAAAAGAAAUAGUAGAUCCUACAAAAUCAAUUUCAAAUAAACCUUCAGCAAAAAAAGAAGAACAAAAGAAUUAAUAACCACUACCUUAACCAGAGUAGCCAAGUAAGGUUCAACCACCUCCAAAAGUUGAAUAACCAACUAAAAUUGAAUAGCCUUCUAAAACUGAUUAAUCUAACAAGGGAAAUUAAAAACAACCACAAAAUCAAUAACCUUAAUAAAAUAGAAUUGAUUAAGAUAAUUAAUAAUAAGAAUAAGGACCAUAAGUUUCUGAAAAUAGACCAAAUUUUGUUAGGAGAGGAAAGAACAUUUAGAAUGUUAAAGAUGUUGCUAAAAAUAUCAAAACAAUACCAGAGGAUAGAAUUAAAGCUUUAGAACCAAAGAACAAUAUUGAAGUGAGUAAAAAAUUAUCAUUGAAAUUUGCACCAUAAAAAGAAUAUACAGAUUCAACAUUUCCUCCUAAUGAUUUAUAAGUAUUUUAAGUGUUUGGCCAUGGUUAAGUUGAUUUUAAGAGGUUUAAUCUUGGAAGAGAAUAAGAUACUCAUUAAGUAGUUGAUCCAAAUGAUAUAGUACCUGGUUAAUAAUCAAGUACUCUAAUGUAAGUAUUGGCUGCUAUUGCUGAAUAACCAUAAUUAAUUACUAGAAUUCUGGAAGAUCAAGUUAUUAACGAAUUUGGAUUUUAUUAUGCUAGAUUAUGUAUAGGAGGUGUAUGGAAAUAUAUCUUAGUUGAUGAUUUGCUUGGUUAUUUUAAAGGAGAACCAAUUGGAGCAAGGACAACAAUUGAUAAUAAUAAAUUAAAGUAUUAUUCAUUAUUGAUUAAUUAGAUCAUUACAAAAAUCCAAUCCUGGGUAUUAAUCAGAAAUGUGGCCAUUCAUUAUUGAGAAAGCAUUUGCAAAAGAAUAUGGAAGUUAUGAAGAUGCAUUUAAAUUUGCUACAGUAGCUGAUUUUCUUUAAGAAACAACAGGAGCACCUACUACUGUUGAAUAAAUAAGUGAAAAUGUUUUGAAAUCUUUGACAUAGAAUGAUGUUGCUCUAGUACAUUUAGCUGAUGGAAUUUUCACAUACUUAAGUUAAGAUGGUAAAGAUGUAACUCUACGUAAUCCUUGGGGUUGGGUCAAGAAUUAACCAAGUACUGCUUAACCAGAAGGGGAAUUCAAAGUUCCCAUAAAAAACAUUUUAGGUAAAUAAAUCACAAUUUCUAAAUGUGUUCCUAAUAAUUACCAUAUCAGUUAUAAUUUGAAAGCAAAUAAUGAUGCUUAUUCAUCAUUUUAUGUGGAUGUACGUUAAGAUACUGUUGCUACCUUUAGAUUACAUUAAAGAGAUGAAAGAUAUUUUAGAAAUAAUAUAUCUAAAAAAUAUGAUUAUUGUUUUGCAAGAUUAUUAGUAUUUGAUGAAUAAUAAUAAUUAAUUGCUGAGGAUUUUGGGUAAUUUAAAACAUUAAAUGUUAAUGUUAAUUUAUAAAAGGGUAAAUAUACUAUUGUAAUCCUUUUGGAUUUCUUAAAUGAAUAAUUAUAUGAUAGCACAUUGACUUUCUAUGGAACUUAAUCAGUUGAUAUUAGUAGAAUUAAUUAUAGGUAGUAACCUAAUUUAUUGGCUUAAUUAUAUACUUAAGUGGCAAUUAGCAAGGGUUAAAAAAAAUAAAAUGGAUAAGUUGAUGAAUUUACUUAUGUUUCUGAUAACAAAUUAACUAUUUUAGCUUGGAAGUAUAAUGGAACUCAGCCUAAUAAGUGGAGCAAAGAUUUAAGCAAAUAGACUAAUAGAAAUAAUAUGAAACCUAUUACAUUUGUUAAUGUAGCAGACACAUAAUAAUUAAAAGUACUCACAACUGAGUAGAUUAAACAGUUGAAACUGAGUAGCUGGUAGAAUGCAUCAUCAUUCAAUAUUGAAUUCACUUAAUAAAACAACACUUAUGCAGUUGUAUUCAAGUGAUUAAUUAUUA